AUCCUUCUUCUCCCUCACCAUCCCCACCCGCAGAGAGAGAGAGAGAGAGAGAGAGAGAGAUGCAGUCAGAUUCCGGCGAUCGCCGCUCGGCCCGACCGACGCAGAUUCCGGGGACGGAACAACAGGAGCAGCCGCCGCUACCCUGCCCACGCUGCGAGUCUACUCACACGAAGUUCUGCUACUACAACAACUACAACCUCUCCCAGCCCCGGCACUUCUGCAAAUCCUGCCGUCGUUACUGGACCCAAGGUGGGACCCUCCGCAACAUCCCCGUCGGUGGUGGGACCCGCAGCAAGGCCCACCACCCCAACAAGCGCUCCCGCACCGCCCCCGCUACCGACACGUCAGCAUCUCCCUCGCCCGCCUCCUUACCGCCCGCAUCCGCCCCCGUUUCGGCCUCCGAAUCCGACAUGUCGCCCCCGAUGAUCCCCGCCGACAUGGGCGUGCCUGGCAGCUUCAGCUCCCUGCUCGCCACGUCAUCGCCCGGGUAUUUGGCGCUCGGCGACCCGUUCAUGAACCGUGCCGGGUUCGGGCUCGGUCUCGGGCUCGGGUUGGAUGGGAUGGCGAUGGGGCGGGGGGUUUGGCCUGUCGGAGAGGUUGGAGAGAAUGGCGGGAACCCGUGGCAGGUCGGGAUUGGCGAGGGAUUGGUCGACGCAGAUUGCUUUUCAUGGCCGGACCUUGCGAUCUCGACGCCGGGAACGGGUUUGCAGUGAUCGGCUGGUUUUGGUGGCGCAGUGGCAUUCUCGUGAAUAUGCUGGAUUUUGAGGUCCUUUUCUUCUCAUUUCAGGAAAGGUCGUUGUCGUCGGUGUACGUAUUGAAGGAUAGGUUUUUUUUUUUUUUUUUUUUUUGUUUUUUUUGGGGCUACUGGACUCUAGAAGCAGCCGUACACGUGGCAUACCUGCACGGCUAUCCGGACCAGCCACAUUAUGGAUGGAAGAAGAGUCCAGUGUUUGGACGGUCUAGAUUGAAGUGUACGGGUGCCACGUGUACGGUAAUGAGACACGGAGUGCUGGUUUGGUAGGGAUUUGAUGAUUUCUCAGGUUUUCAGAGGAUUGAUUUGAUGGAAUGACUAUAAUGCCCUUGGUAUUGAUGCAAAUUUGCGGCCAUACACGUGAGGUCUUUUUCAAGCGAAAUCGAUGAAAUGUCUCCGAUGGGUUUCUGUCA